UUCAUUUCAAUAUUAUAAAAAUACAUUGAUGUCAAAUUUAGGAUAUUUAUGUUGUUAUGCGUGAUGCCUAUACUUCAAGUAUACUUACAUUGCAUCUAUUAUGGACAAUAUCCUAAAUCCAUACCUAUUGCAGUUUAUAACCAAGAAACUGAAUGCGUUUAUGAUCCAUGUAAACACAUUGAAAAGUGUACUUACUUCUCGUGUCAUUUCUUAUAUAUUUUGAAUCGAAACAAUGUAAAAGUAGUAUUGAAUUUGGGAAGCAUCUUAAACAAAAUAUAUUAAAAGCCCAUAAACUACAUCUAAUUGACAUUUACAGUCAGUACAAUCUGUCCACAAAAUAUGCCGAUAUCCCAUUUAAGAUACAUGAAUACAGAAAUUUAAAUCUCACUGAAAAUACAGCAUCCACAAUAAUAUCAUGCGCUAUAUUUUCGUCAGCAAUGUUCUACUUUGCGUUGUUAUUGCAAAGUGAAAUUCAAAAUGGAUACUUGGCAAGAAGUUUAAUUGCAGGAGUGACAAUUUUUGAAAUUGUUUUGAGCUUUCUUACUAUACAAAUAAUAUUUUCAAUAGUUCAAGCAUUUUCUUUCUUUCUUUUGGCUGAUUUUGUGCUAUAUAUUAGCUGGGAAAGUUCCUUGUUACUAAUUAUCCAAUUAAAUAUUGCCAUCGGUACCUGUGGAAUGAGCAUUGGUUUAUUGAUUGGUUUGUUUGCUAGCAGUUCAAUCAAAUCAUUUUAUACAACACUGAUGGUGUACUUAGUAAAUAUAAUGUCUUUUUUGGCCAUUAGAUAAUACAGCAUUAGUUUUGCAAGUGUUUUCAAAAUUAAUGCCAUUACCUAUUGCCAUUAAAGCAGUCCAAGCUAUAUUAAUCCGAGGACGUGAAUUCAAUACAGAACUUAUUCCUUACUCAGAAAUUUUUAUUAUUUUUUGGAUACUCAUUUCAUUUACAACAUUCAUUUUAAAGUUA